GACCAAGAGCACACACGUCCUUGUCAUGGCUCAAGAUCUCAUCCGAGUACUCCUGUUCCUCCACCUCUCAUUCCUCUGUUCGGCCUCCGCGGCCGUCGGCGACCCGACGCCCGCGCCAUGGCCGCACCAGUUCCACGCCGUCCUCUUCAUGAACUACAGCGGUGCGCUGUCUCUGAUCGACCUCUGGUACGACUGGCCCGGCGGACGCAACUUCAACAUCAUUCGCGACCAGCUCGACGGCCCGCCCUUUUACGACCUCGAGUGGAACAAUGGCACCUCGUUCUUUUACACCCUCGACUCCCCGCGCUCCUGCCGCUCCGUCCAGGUCGGGGUCGGCAUCCUCCGCCCCAACUGGCUCGACGGCGCCACCUACCUCGGUCAACAGACCGUCGACGGCUUCCUCUGCAACGUGUGGACCAAGGCUGACUUCAUCUGGUACUACGAGGACGUCGUCACCAAGCGCCCCGUCCACUGGGUCUUCUACACAGGAAGAGCUGCUCAUGUAAUGAUAUAUGAGGAGGGAGCAGUUCUCGAGGAUGCUAAAUGGCAGGCCCCUGUGUAUUGCUUUCAGAAGGGGAAGGAAGAGAGCCUAGAACAUCAACAUAUCAAUUACGAUGCCGUUCAUCAGAUUGUAGACCAGAAGAUGUCUUUGGGAGUUCUACAUGGACUUUGAAUUCUAUGUUAUGAUGAUGCUGUUACCGGUGUGUGGUUCCAUGGGGUUGAAUUAAUUUAGAUAAAACUAUUUUGUCAUUUAGGGAUUUUGCUUGUCAUAUGUUGAUGAUGCAGGGAGAAACUUAUCUCUCUAUCUAGGCGCCUGCUUUUGUUGUCA